GGCAAUUGGCCGAAAAACUAGGUUAGUGGUCCGACAGGCAUAUGACGGUGGAGAGAAACUGGGUCACAGAUUGAGGACCGUUUAUGUCACACUUGUGUUGCUGUUACGGCGAAGAAAAACCUUUCAAUGGACGGACUCCUCUCACCGGAGCUCCUGUAGACGGAUCGCACCAUCUGCUGAAGGAUCAGAUCUUAUCAAACCGGAUGAAAGUAGGUCAGGCUGAACCAAACCAGACCCAGACCGGACCAGACUGAUCCGAACCACACCGGGCCCGUCCUGAGGCCUGAUCCAGUUUCCUAUCUAGUUGAGGGCUCGAGAGUGGAUGGAAGGAAAUGAUUUUAACACUGAGGCUGUGAUGAACAUCUGUGAUGACCUGAUGGCAGACCAAAGGAUGGACAUCUCGUCUACGAUGACCGACUUCAUGUCCCCCGGCUCCAUCAGCACGCCUGGCAUGGACUACACCCGCAAGCGGAAGGGCAGCACCACCGACUACCAAAUUGAUGGCUUCUCAUUUGAUGACAUGGACCCAGAUAAAGACAAGCUGGGAAACGACCAGCAGGGCCGGAUUAAGAAUGCCAGAGAGGCUCACAGCCAGAUCGAGAAGCGUCGCAGAGACAAGAUGAACAGUUUCAUCGACGAGCUGGCGUCUCUGGUUCCCACCUGUAACGCCAUGUCCAGGAAACUGGACAAACUGACCGUCCUCCGGAUGGCGGUGCAGCACAUGAAGACGCUCAGAGGUGCAGCCAAUCCGUACACAGAAGCAAACUACAAACCUUCCUUCCUGUCAGAUGACGAACUCAAGCACUUGAUACUAAGAGCUGCUGACGGUUUCCUCUUCGUGGUCGGAUGCGAUCGUGGAAAAAUCCUGUUUGUUUCUGAGUCGGUGUACAAGAUUCUGAACUACAGUCAGAAUGACCUGAUCGGCCAGAGUCUGUUCGACUACCUUCAUCCCAAGGACAUCGCCAAGGUCAAGGAACAGCUGUCGUCCUCCGAUACCGCUCCUCGAGAGAGACUCAUCGAUGCUAAAACUGGUCUUCCGGUGAAGACAGACAUCACCCCUGGACCUUCUCGACUCUGUUCUGGAGCCCGACGGUCGUUUUUCUGCAGAAUGAAAUGCAACCGACCCUCAGUCAAAGUGGAGGACAAAGACUUUCCCUCCACCUGCUCCAAGAAAAAAGCGGACCGUAAGAGCUUCUGCACCAUCCACAGCACCGGCUACCUGAAGAGCUGGCCGCCCACUAAGAUGGGUCUGGAUGAGGACAACGAGCCCGACAACGAGGGCUGCAACCUGAGCUGCCUGGUGGCCAUCGGCCGGCUGCACCCCCACAUCGUCCCCCAGCCCAGCCUGGCCGACAUCCGGGUGAAGCCCACCGAGUACGUGUCCCGCCACGCCAUCGACGGGAAGUUCGUCUUCGUCGACCAGCGAGCCACAGCUAUCCUGGCCUACCUGCCCCAGGAGCUGCUGGGAACCUCCUUCUACGAGUAUUUUCACCAGGACGACAUCGGACACCUGGCAGAAUGUCACCGACAAGUGCUGCAGAUGAGAGAGAAGAUCAACACCAACUGUUACAAGUUCAAGAUUAAAGACGGUUCCUUCAUCACGUUGAGGAGCCGAUGGUUCAGCUUCAUGAACCCAUGGACCAAGGAGGUGGAGUACAUCGUCUCCACCAACACCGUGGUUUCGUGUCCUAUGAUGGAAGGAUCAGACUAUCCUCAGUCUGCUGCGUCUCCUCAGAGCAUGGACAGCGUCCUGACCUCAGAAGGAGGCGGUCGGCGGGCGCUGCAGACGGUACCUGGCAUCCCCGGCGGCACGAGAGCUGGAGCCGGGAAGAUCGGACGAAUGAUCGCCGAGGAGGUGAUGGAGAUCCAGAGGAUUCGAGGCUCCUCCCCCUCCAGCUGUGGCUCCAGCCCUCUGAAUAUAACCAGCACCCCCCCACCUGAUACCUGUUCACCUGGAGGCAAGAAGAUCCAGAACGGAGGAACACCUGACCUGCCGAGUACAGGAAUAAUUCCUGGACCUGAUUCUGUCGGAUAUCCUUAUUCCAACCAGUCCAUCAUGAGUGAUAACUCCCACCUGAGCAUAGACAUCAUGGAUGAACCUGGCUCCAGCAGCCCCAGCAACGACGAGGCAGCCAUGGCGGUCAUCAUGUCGCUGCUGGAGGCCGACGCCGGCCUGGGCGGCCCUGUCGACUUCAGCGACCUGCCCUGGCCUUUGUGAGGAAGCUGGACGGGAAGAACCGGAGCCGCCGACGGAGACUUCAGUCGGGUCAAAUCCUGGCAGCUUCCUGCAAAAACCACCAUUUUAAUAAAGACUAGUCAGGAUUUAAACCGGCACGAAAUGAUUUCUGUCAGACGACACGCUCUGGUCGGACUGUUCAGGCUCCACCCCUACUUCCUGGUCUGUCAUUCCCUAUAGGUGGAGCUUCACAGGCGAGGUCUUUGUUAAGAUGAUCGUUUUUACUGUCGGCUGCCUGCAGAUCAGUUUCCCAGCAUUGCCACGGCGAGAGACCACAAUUCAACCACAGUCCAGCAAACACCAGCUGCAGAAGAGCUUCGCUAAGACAUCGACGCUCCCGCUAGCACGUCCACGUUAACGCUAGCACAUCGACUCUCCUUCAUAGACUUUACUGUGUCCCGCGGCGGCUCUGGAUCCCGUUGCUUCCAAAUCGACAGCGGCAGACUCCAGAGACGGUCGGAGGACGACGAGUCAGACAGAGAGCAUUGGAUUCCUGCAUCCUGCUGCGACUCUCCACAUCUUUUAGCUGCAUUUAAAGAUUCUGUCCAAACACGACCCUCCGUCUGAACUCGGCUGCUUUAAUCCGGUCGACCUCCAACAAGGGACCUGCCACAGUAAAUCUUCGGAGAUUUGCCCAGAAGGACGUUUAUUAUUCCCAGAAAUUCCACCACCAGGUUGUGUUUCAGAAGAAGCCGCUCAGCUGCUGUUUCCUCAACUUUUUCUCCGAGCUGCUGUUUCCCCGGAGUUCAAUUUUAAGCCGAACUGAUCGAUUUGACGGAACUUCUGUGAUCUCCUGCUGCUCAGUCGAGGCAUUCAAACAUCCAAAACAAUGGAACAAACCACUGCGUUCAGAUUGCAAGUUUAGCUAGCUGUGGGCCACCAUGACAAAGACUAGUGUGGUGGUUAAAUACCUCCAACCAGGACUAAGAUAAAUAAAAGAUGAGUAGGUGUAAACUCACCUCUGAUUCAACAUGAUUGGUCUGUUUAGUGCAUAACAACUGACUUUUUCUGGAGUGUGAUCAGAAUCUAAUGCAAAAAAGCCUUUUUUUUUGAAAGAAAGCCAUGAUACUCAUAUCAGAUUUUAGGUUUUGUUGAGGCGGCUAACAGAAAAAUGUCUGGUUCUGUUAAACUUUCUUCGUAGUCCAGCCCUCUGAUUGGACCUGUAAAGACUUCCUGCUUUGAUCCAGAACAGUGAGAAGCUGUAGUACCUGGUUGAUCCACCAAGUGACGCCGCUUACUGUUCAAUAAGAUUUUUAAAAAUGCAGAUCAUUCCUGCAUUGAAGCAACCCACAUUUAGCUAGCUGUGGCCCACCAUGACAAAGACUUGUGUAGUGGUUAAUGACCUUCGAAUACAAGACAAGUAGACAAACGUUUUUUUAAAGAAAGCUAUGAUACCCGUUAUCUCUGGUUUUAGGUUUUGUUGAGGCGGCUAACAGGAAAAAGUCUGGUUCUGUUAAACUUUCUUCGUAGUCCAGCCCUCUGAUUGGACCUGUGAAGAUUUCUUGGUGUUCAACAAUGCAGUUCGUUUGCUGUGUUCAGGCAACCCAUGUUUAGCUAGCUGUGGGCCACCAUGACAGAGACUAGUGUGGCGUUUAACGACCUGUCGAAGUGGAGAAAACAAAGUUGAUGGAAGCAGCAGCUCAGUGCAGCUUUACCUUCUGAACCCAUCAGUCCGGCUCCAAACCACGACUGUCCAAGUGCUGCUUCACUGCCAGCGGUCGUUCUGAGGACGCCUCUCCGGAUCGAUGCUUAGCUUCGGCUCACUAACGGAAACCUUUGUUCUGGGUCACAGGGUUUAAACCUCCAUCCUCCCUCCACACCGAAGCACUUCAGACUCAAUGGGACUCGCUGAUCAGCGCUCUGAUGCAGCUCUGAGGAUUUCUUUGCCUUUUUUGUGAAUUUUAGCCCCCAGAAUCUAGAAAACAGCCCCUUCCUCCAAACCGGUUCGGACGGAGCUGGAAGAAAAAGAGUCAAGUUGGUCUGCAGAGAUGUGGGGUUUUUAGGAACACUGCUCUUCUGGGGUUUGGUCUGUUUAGCACUUAAAGACACGUAGCUGUCGAUGCAAACUACCGUUAGCGCAGAGCGUUAAAACAUAGACCAGUGUAGAAACAGGAAACAGAUUUAUGACGGAGCUCACAGAGAAUCUGGAUGGACUCUUCGUGUCCGACUUCCUCCAUGAUGAUGAUGAUGGUGAUGAGUAUCUUCAUCUCACCGCUCUGCAGCUCAAAGGUUGAUGGAAUUUGAUUGGAGGAGGCGACAUCAGGAGUCCUGAAGGGAAAGAAAAUCCAAUAGAAUAAUAAAAAAACAAAAAGUUCAGGAAAAGUCAGUUUUAAAUUCUGAUUUGGACCAAAGUGAUCAACAAACCCAAAGACUCCAGCAGCACAUCAGUGGGUUCAUGCGUUCUGGCUUUUGAUGGCAUCUCAAGAUGAUUCUCUGUCGUCUUUUAUCAGGAAACACCCAACCAGAGCUCAGGAUUUAAACAGUUUCACCCAAAUCAAGUCUUAGUGUCAGAAAAAACUACAAAAUAAACAGAUGGUCCAAAUAUGGCUGAUGAUUAAAUGAGUUCAUCUCCUGGAAGAGUUAGUUUGAAGUCAUGGAUCAGAUUUUUAUAGAUAUAUUCUACAUGUAGAGUCCCAAAUAAAUAAAAGAAAGAAUCGUCGAUGGCAGGAACCUCAGAUAAACUAACGUGGAAGCAAAUGUUAGUAUUCUAAAAAAAUAGUUUAAAAAACAGAACGUAAGUCAUGUUUUCUUUGUUUCUGAUGGACAUUUUCAAGAAAGAAACACAGAAAUGUCCCAAAGUACAAUGAAAAUGCAUUUCAGCUGAACAGCUCUAAAUAGUCAUAGCUUCAGUUUAGAGACGCAGAGAAAAGUUGGUCUGAAAUAUAAAAACAGAAGGACAGUUUGUUGAAAUUCAACUUUCUAAAUCCAGAUUGUCUAAACUUUCUGUCAUGAACACAAAGUUCUCCUCCAACAUUGGAUCAGUUUGGAGGAUUUUACAAAUAAAAUUAUACCUUAAGAGGCUUUAAUAGACAAGCCUAUGGAUAAAAUAUUAAAAUAUUAAUGUUCAAUUCAUCCAUUCAACCUGUUUUCUGCUAAUAUCAUUGAGUCAACCCUUUUUUUUCAAUGAAAACUAAAAAUAAAUACUAUCAAAAGGCAUCAAAUUCAAAAUGUAUUUAAAAAAUAAAGAGAAACUGCAAAAUUCCACGCAAGACAAAUAUUUAAUGGUUAAAUUAAGACAUUAUGAUAAUUAAUAACAAAUAGGGAUGUUAAUGAUUAACCACUAAUCAAAGAAUUUCCAUUAAUAUUUUAGCCAAUUAAAAACAUAUUAACCAGUGAAGAAGAAGGUGGUGAUGUCAGAUAAUGUAGAUCAGCUGUAGUUCCUGGUUGUUCCACCAGGUGGCGCUAAAUAAUGUAAUUUGUUGUUUUAGACUUUAUCUCUAAACAGGCACCAAGACAAAGACAUGCGAGGUGAUUAAUGACCUCCAACCAGAGCUCAUGUUCAUAUAUAUAUAUAUAUAUAUAUAUAUAUAUAUAUAUAUGUGUGUGUAUAUAUAUAUAUAUAAUAUAUACAUAUAUAUAUAUAUAUAUAUAUAUAUAUAUAUAUAUAUAUAUGUAUAUAUAUAUAUAUAUAGUGAUCAUUUUAUUGAUUAUUGGUAACGCUGUUGGUUACAAACGUCUAAAAUCUGCAUCUCUGAUUACUAGUAUGAUUUGUUUCAGAUGUGCUGCCAUUUAAUCACGUUUUCCUUCCAUCAGGCUCCGCCCCCUCCAUCCUCCUCCUCCAAUCAGGCAGCAGCUGGCUCCGCCCCCUCUAUCUGUUCUCGUGGUUUUCUGUUCAAUGUUUUUAACGCUACACACUACAAUAAAGUGUCGCCCUUGUUGAUAUUUCCCUCCACCCAACGAUAAUGUAUCAAAUCUUGAAAUAUUAUCAUGUUAAGAGUACUUUAUGCAAAUAUAUAUGAGUAUGAUGAGUGUAUUGUAUGUAUCAGCAGUGGAAUAUUUUUAAAAUAAAAUUAUUUGUUUCUGUCA